AUGGCAGAACUGCGGCCAGAUGAUGAGGCCCGCCCGGCUCGAAUUCGGGUUGUUACCCUCCCCUCGCGUCUGCGCCAUGAGGGGGAGGCAUCGCGGUUGGAAGAAGGAGAAUUGGAGUCUGGAGCGGAUGUCACGGCAGGCGGAAGGGACGACUCGAUGCUGGAGGACGCCGUGCCAUGUGGAGCAAGCUCGCCGGUGCAGAUGUCUGUAAGCGGAGCUGCGGCUGCCGGAGGAUCUGUCCGGGGACGGCCAGAAUCAUUUAGUUCUUUUUUCGAGAGGGUGUUAAAACAGGAGUUGGGCUGGAAUUCGGUGCUGCAUUAUUUGGACGAUUUUUUGUUCUUGGGUCCUGCCGAAUCCAGGGUGUUUACUGUGUUGUUGCAUACGAUGGAGCGAGUGGCUGCGCGGUUUGGCAUCCCUUUAGCCGAGGGAAAAACGGAGGGGCCUUCCACGGUUAUGACGUUUUUGGGGAUUGAAAGUAUGGCCAUGGAAUGUCGGUUACCGGACAACAAGGUGUCUGAUUUGUUGGAUGAGGUUUUUCUGCGGAGAGCCAAGAAGGUUCAGCUCAAGCGGGGACUGGCUGAUGUGUCUCGGUGUUUUGUGGUUCAGCAGGCGUUAAAAGGUUACCGGCGGGGGGGGAUUCGUAAGGAUUCUUUUGCUGUAUUGCAGAUGUUGUGGGAGAAGGCUGGAAAAUGUUUGUUGGCAGCGGGUCUUCCCGUCACUGAAUAUGCUUCUCAUGCAUUUAGGAUAGGGGUGGCGACUGAGGCUGCCAGGUGGGGGCUUGGGAAGGAGAUUAUAUUUCAGUUGCUUACCCAAAGAUCUCCAGCUAAAUGGCAUCCACCGCCUGUCAUGAGUUAUUUGUCUUCAAACACAUCACAAAGCCCAAAAACUUCACGAGAUUCAGACCAAGAAGAGAUCCAUAGACUUAUCAAGCUCAUUGAAUGGCCAGAGGUUCCCAGUGGAGUUGACUUCAUGUCUUCUACAAGUCCAAAGACAACAUUUUAUGCUUUCCUGCAUCGACAAGAAGUUUACCACGUAGGAGAUCGUAUAACGAUUAUAAUUUCUGCUCGGGAUCAUUAUGGUAGACCAAAGUCCUAUGGAGGAGAUUAUUUUCAGGCCAAGUUACAUUCUCCAAAGCUGAAAGCUGGAGUAACAGGUUCAGUUAUUGACCACAGAAAUGGCAACUAUUCAGCCACGUUCCUUCUGCUCUGGCCUGGAGACGCUGAGGUUCACAUCUCUCUGGUACAUUCCAGCGAAGCCGUUUCCAUUCUGAGCAGGAAGAGGGACUCUCGGCCCGACAAGAUUUACUACCACGGAUAUUUCAUCCACAAUGGAAGCAGCGCUACGGUAGAGUGUAAUGUGCAGCCUCCAGGACCUGACGUGUGUACAUACCGUGACGUACAAUCCAGAGAGGAGUGGUUCUGCAACCGGCCAAAGGGCUUUCCCUGCAGUGCCUACCAGGAGCAUUCAGCAGGUGGCAGACGCCCAAUACUCAAUGCCACCGAGCAGCAAUUCCUACAAAAGUCAGUCACUGAUCAGACAAUUUCAUCAACUCUGAGAAAAAUCACCAUCUUUCCCCAGAGUUCCAGCACAGAUAAAAGAAGUGUUUGUAGACCUGGACUCCCCAUUCCGGACCCCUCAGGGUAUUAUUAUCAGGACGUGUGGCAGUCACGUGUCUGCAGGAACAGACGCUUCACUUAUCCAUCCAAUGUCACCUCCUGUCUGAAGGGAAAGGUUGUCUACAUGUUUGGAGAUUCAACGCUUCGCCAGUGGUGGGAAUACCUUAUAAAUUUCGUCCCAUCUCUACAGAGAGUGGACCUUCAUGUCAGCUAUGCCCCCGGACCCCUUCUGGCCACUGAUGUUGAGCAUGUCUAUCUAGUGCAAUGGCGGGCACACCAGAGGCCUCUCAGCAUGAAGCGCACACGUGUGCAGGAGCUACGCUACAUCGCCAAUGAGCUGGAUAACAUUGGAGGGGGGGACGAUGGCCUGGUGAUUGUCAUAAACUGCAUGGCGCACUUUGUCUUAUUUCCAGUGACCUUUUAUCUGCAAAGGAUAAGAAAUAUCCGCAAUGCUGUUGUUCGGUUAUUGAAGCGAAGCCCCCAGACCAAGGUCAUCAUCAAAUCCGGUAACACCGGCUUCCUCUAUGAACAUGGCAGUGACUGGCUGUCCCUCCAGCUGGACACAUUGAUGAGGGCCAUCUUCUCAGGACUUCCAGUCGCAUUAUUAGAUGUCUGGCAGAUGACCUCCUGCCAUUACCUGCCCAAAGACCUUCACCCCCAAGAGAUCAUAAUCAAGAAUAUGGUGAACUCUAUGCUCUCCUACAUCUGUCCAGAAUAG